AUGCCCCUGCAUAAUCGGACGGCUUCAGUACCCGACCAGAAGAUUGAACUCGUGGAUGCCUCCGCACCGGCGACCCCCUGGUCUUCAUGCUAUUCCAAUCCCAACAGCUGUUCCCAGCUGCAGUUUUCUUUCGGUGACUUUGAUUACCCUGCUGCGGAGCUAGCACAGGCCAGCCCUGAGACGAGGCUGUCUGCCACCCUUGGCGCUGGUGGACAUCAGCUCGAUUUCCUUUCUCCUCUGGCGCAUUCAGUCCUCAAACUGCUGUCUCGUCGACCCUAUCAUCAGGGCAUGUCUCCUAGCAUCGCUGCUGAGGUGGGUAUACCAAAAAGAUAA